AUGUCUAGCUCGUCCCCUCCCGCAAUCCUCCCCCCCAUCCCGUCGCCUCGUUAUCUCCCCACGCUGGCCGUCGCCCUCGCUAUCUCCCCCCACUCCCUGUCGUGCUCGCUAUUCCCCCUCUUCUCUCCGUCGCCCUCGCUAUUUCCCCUCCUUUUUCUCGUCGCCUUGCUAUCUCCCCUCCACUACCCGUCGAGCUCGCUAUCUCCCCCCCUCUCCUCAUCAAGCUCGCUGUCUAUCUCCCCCCCUCUCCUCCUCGUGCUCGCUGUCUCCCCUCGUCUCCCCGUCGAGCUCGCUAUCUCCCCCCCUCUCCUCGUCGUGUUCGCUGUCUCCCCUCGUCUCCCCGUCGAGCUCGAUGUCUCCCCUCCUCUCCUCCUCGCGCUCGCUGUCUCCCCUGGUCUCCCCGUCCAGCUCGCUGGCUCCCCCCCUCUCCUCGUCGUGUUCGCUGUCUCCCCUCGUCUCCCAGUCAAGCUCGAUGUCUCCCCUCCUCUCCUCGGCGCGCUCGCUGUCUCCCAUGGUCUCCCCGUCCAGCUCCCUGGCUCCCCCCCUCUCCUCGUCGCGCUUGCUGUCUCCCCUCGUCUCCCCGUCGAGCUCGUUGUCUCCCCUCCUCUCCUCGUCGCGCUCGAUGUCUCCCCUCGUCUCCCCGUCGAGCUCGCUGACUCCCCUCCUCUCCUCGUCGUGCUCGCUGUCUCCCCUCAUCUCCCCGUCGAGCUCGCUGACUCCCCACCUCUCCUCGUCGCGCUUGCUGUCUCCCCUCGUCUCCCCGUCGAGCUCGCUGUCCUCCCCCCUCUCCUCCUCGCGCUUGCUGUCUCCCCUCGUCUCCCCGUUGAGCUCGUUGUCUCCCCCCCUCUCCCCUUCGUGCUCGCUGUCUCCCCUCGUCUCCCCGUCGAGCUCGCUGUCUCCCCCCCUCUCCUCCUCGCGCUCGGUGUCUCCCCUCGUCUCCCCGUCGAGCUCGCUGUCUCCCCCCCUCUCCUCGCCGCGCUCGCUGUCUCCCCUCCUCUCCCUGUCGCCCUUGCUGCCUCCCCCCCUUCUCCUUGUCGCGCUCGCUAUCUCCCUCGCGAUCUCGUGGUGAUCCCUUAUUUCCUGUCGCCUUUGCGAUCCCCUCCCGUUGCCGUCGCCUGCGUUCUCCCCUCCUUGUACAGUAAAUUGCUCUCGCGAUACCCCCUACCUUCCCGUUGCGUCGUUGUCUCCCCACUCCUGUCGCCCUCGCUGUCUCCCUCACGAUCUCCCCUCCUCUCCUACGCCUUUUCUCUGACGCUCCCGUUGCCGCCGUCUCGCUCCUCUCUCCCCGCGCCUCUCAUCCUUCCGCCGCUGUCGCCCUCCCUCUCCCUUCGUCACUCUGUUCGUCACUCCCGCGCUCUUGCAUCGGGAUGCUAA